AUCAGCUUCCAUUCGAUAAACUUCAAGAAACAUGACAACGGUAGAAAAGAUCAAGGCCAUCGAAGAUGAAAUGGCCAAGACCCAGAAGAACAAGGCUACGUCCUUCCAUUUGGGUCAGUUGAAGGCAAAGCUCGCCAAGUUGAGACGAGAGUUAAUCAGUGAUAGCACCAGUGCAGGUGGAGGUGGAGGAGCAGGUUUUGAUGUGGCCAGAACCGGGGUGGCCACCGUUGGGUUUGUGGGAUUCCCGUCAGUGGGGAAGUCUACUCUUUUGUCCAAGUUAACGGGAACCCACUCAGAAGCCGCUGCUUAUGAGUUUACCACCUUAACAACUGUUCCUGGUGUAAUUAAGUAUAAAGGUGCUAAGAUCCAAAUGUUGGAUUUACCUGGGAUUAUUGAAGGUGCUAAGGAUGGUCGUGGUAGAGGUAGACAGGUUAUUGCCGUGGCAAGGUCCGUCAACUUGUUAUUCUUGGUGUUGGAUGUUAAUAAACCAUUACACCAUAAACAAAUCAUUGAGCACGAAUUAGAAGGUGUGGGAGUAAGAAUUAAUAAACAACCCCCAAACAUCGUGAUACAGAAGAAGGAGCGUGGAGGAGUCAACAUUACCACCACGGUGCCCCUUACCCAUUUGGAUAAUGAUGAGAUCCGGGCUGUUAUGGGUGAAUACAAAAUCAAUUCCGCCAACAUUGCAUUCCGUUGUGAUGCUACGGUGGACGACUUGAUCGAUACCAUCGAAUCCAAAAACAGAAGAUAUAUCCCCGCUGUGUACGUGUUGAACAAAAUCGAUUCAUUCUCAGUGCAAGAGUUGGAAUUACUUUAUAAGAUCCCCGAUGCCAUUCCAAUUUCUUCAGCAAACGGAUGGAACUUGGACGACUUGUUGGAAUUAAUGUGGAAGAAAUUGAACCUCGUGCGUGUUUACACUAAGCCCAAGGGGAAAUUACCCGAUUUUGAGGAGCCUGUGGUGUUGAGAAACGAUAGGUGUACAGUUGAAGACUUUUGCAACCUGAUCCACAAAUCUUUGGUGAGCGACUUCAAAAGUGCAUUUGUCUACGGAACAUCUGUCAAGCAUUCUCCCCAAGUCGUUGGUUUAAGUCACGAGUUGGAGGAUGAGGAUGUCAUCACCAUUUUGAAGAAGUAAUGAAUACGACAUGCACGAAUAGAUACCUUUUUCUUUACCUAUAUGCCCUUUUUAGCAGUAGUGUCGCGAAAUCUAAAACUAAUAAAAUUUUUUUCAAUCC